CAGUCACAGCAGCGCACAGAGCACGAGCGUGAGCUUCGUACUACCAACCCCACAUUCAGACCAACAUACAGCUGAUACUGGCCGUCUCAUAAGCUGGAUCUACUGACAGAACUUUGAUUUCCUUUGGGAUUUCUUUCUCUUUUUUUUUCCCUGAGAGGAACCAGCUGGAAAUCUAUCUUAAAGACAAUUGCUGAAAACACAUUGUGGGAGUCUCAUGGAGACUGAUUUGUGCUGUACCGCUGUCCUUGAGGACUCAAUUCUUGGUAGAAAUCCACCAUUGUGAGGCCCUGUGAAGGUGACCCCCGAUCCUCAACGCACAGCUCUCCUUUUCAGGAGCUUGAGGAGAAGAAGAAAAAUAAACUAUCAAACAAAAAAUAAGAUCUUCAUGAGCGCCAGAAAAUCCAGAGUCACAAAAUGUGGACACUAAACAUGACACGUGUCUCUUUCCUGUUCCUCCUCAACGUCCUCCUUGUCGGAUGGUGUCAAUCAGCAGAAGACGACGUCACCCCUCGCCUCAGCUUCUCUUACAAUGCAAACGAGAGGUCGGCCAAGAGAUUUUCACCCAGUGGAGUCUUCAAUUACACCUCUCUGCUCCUCAGUAAAGAGGAUAACAUGCUGUACGUCGGCGCUCGAGAGACUCUCUUCGCACUCAAUAUCAGCGAUAUCAGCAGAACGCAGAUGCAGCGCAACUUAACAUGGAGCACGCCGCAGAGAAAAAGAGAUGAAUGCAGUUUCAAAGGGAAGGACUUAAAGACGGACUGCUUCAAUUACAUCAAGAUUUUGCUGCGUGUGAACAGCACUCAUCUGUACGUGUGUGGAACGUAUGCCUUCAGUCCAAUCUGCACAUACAUCAACACAUCAGAUUUUUCUCUGGUGCGCAGUGAAGUGGGAGAAAUAGUGACUGAAGAUGGUCGAAGCCGAUGCCCCUUCAACCCCGAAUACAAGUCCACGGCCAUCAUGGCUGAUGGAGAACUGUAUGCUGGCACUGUCAGUAAUUUCCAAGGAAACGAACCCAUCAUUUACAAAAGUCUUGGCCAGGGCACAGCACUAAAGACUGAAAACUCAUUGAACUGGCUUCAAGACCCCGCUUUUGUGGGCUCAGCCUACAUUCAGGAGAGUUUGCCCAAAGGCAAUGCAGUGGGCGAUGAUGAUAAGAUUUACUUCUUCUUCAGUGAAGCGGGAAAGGAGUUUGAUUUCUUUGACAACACUAUUGUGUCACGCAUCGCUCGCGUGUGUAAGGGUGAUAAAGGUGGAGAGAGGGUUCUUCAGAAGAAAUGGACGACCUUUCUAAAAGCCCAACUUCUGUGUUCACUGCCUGACGAUGGCUUCCCCUUCAACAUCAUCCAAGACAUGUUUGUACUGACGCCCAGCAAAGAAGACUGGAAGAAUACCGUGUUUUACGGAGUCUUCACCUCACAGUGGUACAAAGGUGCUUCAGGAAGCUCAGCUGUAUGUGCUUUCACCAUGGACCAAGUUGAAGAGGCGUUUAAUGGACGUUACCGGGAAGUUAAUCGCGAGACGCAGCAGUGGUACACCUACAACCAUCCAGUGCCAGAACCCAGACCUGGAGCCUGCAUCACUAACACGGCCCGAGCCCAAGGGAUCUCCUCUUCCCUGCACAUGCCUGAUAGAGUCCUGAACUUUGUGAAAGACCACUUCCUCAUGGAUAAUGUGAUUCGCAGUCAGCCUCUGCUGCUGAAACGAAAUGUGCGCUACACGCAGCUCGCUGUGCACAGAGUACAGGCUCUCCACAAGACCUAUGAUGUGCUUUUCAUUGGCACAGAUGACGGCAGGAUCCACAAAGCCAUCAACGUUAAAAACAAGAUGUAUAUCAUUGAAGAGCUGGUGAUUUUCCCUGAGCCUCAAUCCGUACAGCACAUCGAACUAGAUGAUGAGAAGGGACUGUUGUUUGUGUCCAGCUAUUCCGGGCUGGUGGAAAUCCCUCUUGCCAACUGCUCCAACUACCAGAGCUGUGGAGAGUGCGUGCUGUCUAGAGACCCUUACUGCGCCUGGACAGGGAAGCAGUGUUCUAUUGUCAAGCAUGCGUCCGCUAAGAGUCAAUGGCAACAAGAUGUAGAAGAUGCCAACACUGCUAUUUGCAAAAUGUCCAGUCCCCGUUCAGGAAGACCACGUGUCCCAGCGUGCCAUGUGGUAGAAAUCCCAGCAAACACAUUUACAGUUCUACCCUGCAAACUGCGAUCCAAUUUAGCUGCUAGACGAUGGGAGUACAGUGAUACCGCCGAACGUUUUGUCUACCCAAGUCCUGAUGGCGGCCUGGUGGUUGUAGCCCAAGUGGACAAGCAGGAAAACUACGCGUGUUGGUCCGAAGAAGGCAACUAUCGGCAACUUCUGGCCAAUUACUGCGUUAAAGCAGAGCACGAAAGCACCACCCUGACUGGGCGUUCCAGAACACAGCAGGUGACCCAAGGAGAGGCCAUUAUUCUACCUGGCGAAACGUGGUCACCAAAAACCAAAACAUACUGGAAUGAGCUGAUUGUUGUGUGUGCCUUACUUGUGUUUUCCUUAGUGGUGCUGUCACUUUUUGUGGCGUACAGGAAUCGAGAUAGGAUGAAGUCCAUGUUGAAGGAAGGCGAGUGUCCUAACAUGCAACAGAAGAAGCCGCGAAUUCCAGGGAAGCACACGGAAAGCCUUCCGUUAAACGGCAACAACAUCCCGCCUUCAGUGUCUGACCACAAGGGCUACCAGACUCUUAAUGACAACUACAUCUGUAGCACUCCAACCCACGAGUGCUCCUCUCCCGAAAACAGCAAGAGCUUCUCCGAAUCUGAAAAGAGACUGUUGACUGUUAACUUAAAGGAGAGCCAUGUGGAGAUAUCACCCACUUGCCCGCGGCCUCGGGUACGACUAGGUUCGGAGAUUAAAGACUCCAUUGUUUAAGUCGAUAUUGGGAAGACUGUUAAAAAAUAGUGGCCUCUGAACUGAACAGCACCAUGAGAGGGACAGACUGAAAAUCGACUGGAAACGUAACCAUCACUGGGUUUUAUUUUGCACUUUGUCUCCUCUCAUUUUGUCUUGGUGAUCUGUUCACAUUUCUCAGUCACUGCCAAGUCUGUGAAGCACCCAGAGCCACGGCGAGCGGGACGCAAGGUAUAUAGUACAGUACGAUGGGCAUUUUGCGAGGCACGCCGUUCCAGUCGUCCCGCCCAGCACCUGUCCGUCCCAAAAUGUCUGGUGGCAUCUGAGUGAAAGCAAUACGAUGCCCUCAGGGUUCACUAACCUGUCAUGCUCCCAUCUCAUCCCACGUAGAGUUGGCCGUCCUGCGAACGAGAAGACGAAAAGUCCAAUUUUAGUUGUGCUAAACAUAGUGCCUGACGUGAGAUGAUUAGCUGACAUUUCAACAUAAUACUUGAGGUGUAGUGAAGCUUUGAUGAUUUAUGCCAAACCUCAAGCGCAGUGUAUCAUCACAACCUCAGCACAUAUAGCAGGCAUACUAUGCAAAUCACUUAAAGGAGAAGCAUUAUGUAGAGAGCUAACAAACAGCACAGCUGUCCUAGUACAAUAAGUGAUGCCACGACCUCAGUAUUCCACACAGCUUCUCAGAGGUACACACAUGUUAAAUCAAGUAUGCAAGUGAGAUUGAGGUGUAUAAAGAGCCCGCUGUGGGGUUUCAGUGUGUAGAGGACUCCAAAGAAGGCAUGUUAGCAAUACUAGGAGUAUGUCCAAGGCAAAAAUGACAUUCUGAUGAUACAGAAAUGUGAAUGUUUCUGAUCUUUAUUCCCCCAACUGAAAUCAAUUGCAAUCAGUAAUAAGAGUUAUAGAUCAUUUAAAGCAGUGGUUCUCAGCCAUUAUGACUCUAAGGCCAUGUUUACACCUAAGAUACAGUUUUGCAAAACCAAUCACAAGUGGACGAUGUGAAAUACCAAUGAUAAUUCAUAUCUUUUUAAUUUAGUGACUGAUUCGUUUGAAUUUGUACAAUCACAUCUGUACAUUUUAGUAUGAUUUGCUCAUCCCCUUAAUGAGGGCUAGGUUUAGGGAUGGUGUUUGUGUACAUACCUGCCAACAUUCAGAUCAUAAAAUCUGGGAGAAUUUAUCCUGGUGCGCAUGAAGUGAAGAACGGGGGAGGGGGUUUAUUGGUGCGGGCUAAGUGAAGCGGGGCGAGAGGUGCGCGCGAACUGAAGAGCGGGAGCGGUGUGAAGAUGGUUGCGCGUUGGGUUCGGUGCACAUAGGGACUGAACCAAAAAGUGGGGGGGUUGCUGGGUUGGAAUUGAGGGAGUUUUCCCGGAGACAGAACAUUACGGGAGAUUGGCGGGAGAUGGGUCUGAAAUACGGGAGACUCCCGGGAAAAACGGGAGUGUUGGCAGGUAUGGUUUGUGUAGCUGAGGCCAGUUAGUGAAGUACUGCGCAGGUAAACCUCCCUCCUCUGACCUCUAAAGGUGCUCUGGCGACAGACGCUAGAGGACAUGGUCUUUAGCCUCCUUGUUAGAGCAACCGACACCUAUGUGGAAAGUCUCCGGUUUGAUCCUUGAUCGGAGCGGGUUGGGUGGUGUAGGACCGGCGGGUUACAUUUAGUGGCACACCUCCUUUUCAUAUCAUACUUUUUAUUUACUUAUUUAUUGCUUCGACUUUUUUCUGACAAUAUGUAAAAUGGUACGUUUCCUCAUGAGAAUUUUGACCACUUCAACCGUGCAUUCAACCAUUAUUAAUAAUUUCUUACAUGUAUAUAAUGCUUUUCUGGACACUCAAAGCACUUUACACAUUUUUGGGGGGAAUCCCUUCAUCCAUCACCAAUGUGCAGCAUCCACCUGCAUGACACGUCAGCAGUCAUAUUGCGCCAGACCUCACACCACACACCAGCUGAUGGGUGGAGAGGAGACAGAGUGAUGAAGUCAAUUAUGAUAUGUGGAUGAUUAGGAGGCCAUGAUAGACAGAGGCCAGUGGGCAAACUCAGCCAGUAUGCUGGGGUUAAACCCCUACUCUUUUUUUAAAGGGCAUCCCGGGAUUUUUAACGACCACAGAGA